GAUAUGACGACUUCACUGAUCCUGCAUCCACGCUGGGCGGAUACCUUUAUGUACGUGUAUGAGGAAAACCCGAAUGAAAAUAACCAGAAUAAAACCCCAGCCAUGGAGGCGCUAAGUGGGAACUGCCCAGCGAGCCACUGCAGGGAUAUAAUAACUUUGGGUCGCCAUUCCAGCACCAUUGGGACUCACCAGGGUUCUGUCUACACGGAUAUACCCGCUCCGGAAGCUGCCAGGCAGUGCCCUCCGCCACCAGCUUCUUCCAACGCCACGCUGGGCUACGGCUACCCCUUUGGAGGCAGCUAUUAUGGGUGCAGAUUGUCUCAUUCCCACAACGUGAACUUACAACAAAAACCUUGUUCCUACCACCCGGCAGAAAAGUACCCCGAACCCAGCAGUUCCAUCCCCAGCGAAGAACUACCUUCAAGGGCCAAAGAGUUUGCUUUUUACCCCAGCUUUGCCAGCUCCUACCAGGCGGUCCCUGGUUACUUGGACGUGUCAGUUGUGCCAGGUAUUAGUGGCCACCCCGAGCCGAGGCAUGACGCUUUGCUUCCCAUGGAAGGAUACCAGCACUGGGCUCUUUCCAAUGGUUGGGAUGGGCAGGUCUAUUGCUCCAAAGAGCAGUCACAGUCUACCCAUCUCUGGAAGUCACCUUUCCCAGAUGUGGUACCUCUCCAGCCAGAAGUGAGCAGCUACCGUAGGGGCCGGAAGAAAAGGGUCCCCUACACGAAAAUCCAACUGAAAGAACUAGAAAAGGAGUAUGCAGCCAGCAAAUUCAUUACCAAAGAGAAGCGAAGGAGAAUUUCGGCUACCACCAACCUUUCUGAACGCCAAGUCACUAUCUGGUUCCAGAACCGCAGGGUCAAAGAGAAAAAGGUAGUUAGCAAAUCUAAGACACCUCACCUUCACGCUACCUGACAAAGAAAUGUUUGAGGGGGUAGGGGGGGAAAGACAGAAAGAAACACAUGCGAAUAUUUAUCUGAUACGUCUGUAUAAUAAUAACAUACAUUCGAACUCUUUGAUGAUUCAAUUGGUUAUUUAAAAACAAAACAAAGAAAUAAACAGCAUUUUUAGUUUAUUCCUCUGCCCUCUUCUACUGUCCGCCGACUGUGAAUAUCUAAUUGCCCUCGAGCAUCCAUCGAUAACGUUAACCGUGUACAGUAUAUUAAAUGCAAAUGUAGAUUUGUUAUGUUUCAAAGACAUGAAACCUGAAUGUUAUUUUGUAACUCUGUAUAAUCGCCUAGCCCCGCCCUCC